AUAAUGAUUUAGAUAAAGACAGAAUACCUUGUUAGGAGUAAUGAAUGAUCUUACAAACGCACCGCUUAGUGGCCCUUCUAGUCCCCUCUAAUCCUCUCUAAUCUGGACUUAGGGGUAGUUUAGGAUUAUGAUAUAAGAUUUAGGAUUAAGGAUUUUAAGGUUCGCCGAACUAAUUUGUAACAUAUUAUCUGUUCUUGUUUUCUGAUAAAUAUUUUCAUACCAGGAAAUUUACUACAGUGCUUGUGGGGAAAGCUUGGAGUCCUGCAGGCCUGCUGCAGCGUUUUAAUCCAUGUUGUAAAAUAUUUACAGGUAACUAUAGAAAUAGACGCUCUUUGAUUCGAAGCAAGCGAAUUUCAUCAUUUUGAUGUGAGAUUGGUCUAAUUUUACACCAGAAAAAGCUGGUACUACCGAAAAUAUAGCCAUGACUGGGUGCAUUGUGACCGAACAUGAAUGGAGAGACAUCAAAGGCUGGGAGGACUAUGGCAUAUCUUUGUCAACAUCAAGUAAUGAAGCCGCUAAAAUGCUGGACGCUCUUAUGACACAGUUAUACAGAUGGGGUGAAGAUGAAAGUCUUGGUGGGAUUCCGGGAACUGUGAAACGCAUGAAAGAAGCUGAUCCUGACUAUGUGUUGGGAGCAUUGUUUGAAAGUCGUUUCCAGCUUUCAAAAUCUGAGGAAUCUCCUGAACUUUGCGCUUCCCUAAAAGAGAUGGAGCGCUUGAUUGAGACACAGCCUGUUAAUGAAUGGGAAAAAAAGCUUGCAGGGGUUAUCUCAAGUGGGUAUAGUCACAAAGCUUUGAGAACUUUGGAGGAAAUGGUCAUUGAUAACCCCAAAGAUAUCUUGUCUCUGAGGCUGGCAUACUUGUAUGCAUUGACUCUGGGCGAUUGGUCAGGGUUUAAAACCAUGAUGCCAAAGGUGGUGGACACGUGGACACCAGAUAUGCCUUUUUACGGUUAUGUCCUGGGUAUGCAUGGUUUCUUUCUCAACGAGAGUAAACAACCAAAAGAAGCUGAAAAGUUUACCAGAAAGGCUCUGAGUAUCGACCCUUGUGACACUUGGUCGACCCAUGCUACAUCUCAUAUUCUUCUGGAGACAAAUCGAGCCGAAGAGGGAGUGAAAUUCUUAGAAACUAGCCAGGAAAAAUGGACGCUUGGGACGUUUCUUAUCGUACACAACUAUUGGCAUUGGGCGUUGUUUCAUCUUGAUAAGGGAGAUUACGAGUCCGUCUUAACCAUUUUGGAUGAUCACAUCAUUUCACGAUGUACUUCUGGAUCCAACUUUCCCUUGUCUGAUGCCGCCUCGCUACUCUACAGACUAGAAAUGGAGGGAGUUCCUGUGGGAAAGAGAUGGGAGAGCGUACAAUCUCUUUGGUUGCCUGGAAAAUAUGAAGGGGCGUUUGACGACGCUCACAAGAUGAUGAGUUACUUGGGCGCGAAGGAUUAUGAAUCCGCGAACUCUCUCAUGGAAUCGUGCGAGGAAUUUGUGAGGAGUGGAAAAGGAACGAGUUGGGAAGUCGCAAAAGAUGUCGGAGUUCCCCUUUGUGAAGCCAUCUUAGAUUAUGAUAAGGCGAAAUAUGAUGACGUAAUUGAGCUGUUGUUGCCCAUACGUGAUAACGUCAUUAGAGUUGGCGGAAGCAAUGCCCAGAGAGACGUGUUUGAUCUGUUGUUGAUUCAUGCUGCAAUUCAAACCGCUGGCACUGGCAGUAAACAUAAAACUCUCGCAAGAAAACUAAUUCAAGAAAGGAAACAAUGGUAUGGCGAGAGCGGAGUCUCUGAAAGAUUGGAGGAACUUUUAUCGAAGAGGAAUCAAGCAAAAUAAGGUUCUACUGUAGAAAUGAAAUAUCCACAAUUUUGUAAUCACACGUAACCGUUAAUCUUAUUAAUAAUAUAGUAUCAAUAUUAGGCCUUUUAAAUAAGUAAUGUCCUGUAGUACUAACCAGGGCCUGGAUGAGGUUUGCGUCAUGACAAUGAAAACGAAUUCUGAAGGCAUAUAGAAAGUCACAUAAAGAGAUCUCAUUUUCAUAUUGUUACUCGGACCCCAUCUAAGUUUGGCGACGUUAGGUUGAAAUUUCGGUGUGGCAUAACUCCAGUCCGUAUGCACAUGGGUCUGUGGUUAAGCUAAAGAAAACUGACCUUUUCCUCUCAAUCAGUUACACCGCUGUACCUGAAUCGCGGGGUCUCAAGUUCGAUUUUUUGCAGUGGGUCCGAAGAAGACGCACUCCUCGCCGCUGCUCCUGGUUAGGAUAAAAAUUAUGCGUAAAUUUUCCUCCAAAGUUUCCAACCACAAACACCUUCACUACAACGCCCUUCGUUUCAUAAUGCAUGUCCGUCUUCCUCGAUAAUAUUGUGUUGUUGUGAUUGUGGUAAACCUCUUGGGAAUAUCAUGAUUAAAAUUGACGGUCACUCCCGUCGCCUCAGA